AUGGACAAUGCAGAUUUGAAAUUCCUAAAUUUUUAGGAUAACAGUGAUGGAUCUAAGAAUAAAAUAUAGUUGUAAAAUGACAAGCUUUAGGCAAAUUUAGAAAAGUUUUAUAAUGAAUAAAUUAAUGAUAAUGAUGAAGACAGAGAAGAUAAUUAGAAAAAUGAUAUUUUUAAUUGUGAGAUUGAAUUCCCUGAAGAAUGGACUUAAGUAGAAAUAAUAGACAUAUAAAAUGGUUUAAAUAUUGAUUGGAUCAAGCAAGAGUAGAAAGGUUUAUGCAAAUAGUAUUUAUUAUGCCAAAAAUGUAAAAAUAUACUUUGGAAUCCGAAGAAAUGUAAGACUUGCAAGAAACACUCAUGCUUAAAAUGCUUUGAGUCUGUUUAAAGAUGUUCAUUUUGUCCUAUUGCUGCAAGUAAUUCUUUAAUAAUUAAGGAACCUGAAGAAUUUUGUGUUGGGUUGUUGAAAGAUUUGUAAGUUUAUUGCCCUUUUUAAAAGAGAGGCUGUAAAAGUUUAGUUGAAUAUAAACUCUUUGAAUAACAUGUAAAUGAGUGUAAUUUUCGCAGAGACGAUUAAAAUAUAAAAUUCAAAUAAAUUUUAAUUGGAAGUUUUAGAUACAAGCAAAUGCAGGCACUCUAAAAAUCUUAUGUCCUUUAUAGCAUUGAAACUCAUAUCAAAGAUAUGAAGAAAGUUUUUAAAGUAGAAAGAAGAUAUAAAUAAUUUGAAAUAUUGCACUAAUAUUUUUCAUCCAAGCCAGAGUAUUUUGGCUAGCCUCUUCCCUCUUUGCCUCCCAAGCAAUUUUGUUUAUAAUCUUUGCUGGGUACAUAAUCAGAUUAAAUGAGUGAAGAAGAAGUUGCGCAAAUUAGAAUGAUAGAAUUAGAAGCAUAUUUACAAAUAAUUGGUGUUUAUUAUAAAGAUGAUAUAGUGCUUUAUGAUUUUUUGACAAAUGAGGAAGGAUUCAAUUAUAUAAAUAAGAGUUCAAAAAAUGUCUGGAAUCUAGAAUAUCUAAUCAGCCAAUACAAUUCAAUAAAAUUUAUUUCUAGUUUUUACAUUGAAAAUUUAUUAAGCAAAGGCUUCAACUCAUAGACUUCCAGUUCGUAAGAACAAUAAAAUAAAAUAAAAAAAAGUUAAGCUCUCUAAGAUUAGUAUGAGUUACUAUGCAAAUACAAGCUCUGCUUUACAGAAUUAAGAAAAUCUCUAAUCAGCUAAAUAAGCAACACAAAGCAUGAAAUUGAAGAGAUAGAAAAAGGUCUAUAAAAACUAAAUGAAUAUUCUAAUGAGUCAUUAUUAAACGAAUUUUUAAAAAGGAUUUAAGAAGAGUUGGUUAUAAGAAAAGGCUAGCUUAUUUAAAUGGAUAAAACGAUGAAAUAGUUGUCUAUCCUUUAAAAAUAUAUUGAAUCUAUUGAUAAUUGUGAAAAUUUGUUUUAAAAAAGGGCAAAUGAGUAUUAAAUAUUAAGUCGAGCUUUAUUGGAAUUCUAACUUUAAGAUAAAAAUUAUAAAGAAAUAAAAGAAUGCAAAGAUAUCAUGUAAUCAAUGGAAGUUAUUGAAUAAGAAUCAAAAAAAUACCAUUCAAUAGGAGAAACGGAGUCAAAAAAAAUCUUAGAAAAAGUUGAAAAAGACCUUCCUAUUGUACUUAAAUCACUUAAGGAAUGUUAUUCAAAUGUUCAGGCAUGA